AUGGAGGUCGGAGUCAAAGCGAGGUCUAGCGGCGGAGCUCUUGGCUUAACCGCCGGAAAACCUAAGAUUCUAGGGUGGACUGAUGGUGGGUCGGGCCAGGUUUUUGCUAGACCAACAGCCAGGACCGGCCCUGGGCUAAAGCCCAACAAGCCUUUGCUUUCGGCCCCCAAACUUAAGGGCCCCAAAAUUAAAUCCAAGCAUAUAUAUAUAACAUUUGUACUAAACCUACGCAGCUUCUUACUUUUUCUAAUUCUCUUUGAUCGAACUCAUCGAAGUGCCGUCUGCUGCUACUGCACGCCCGCUGCUGCUGCACACCAGUUGCUGCUACACACCCGGUCGCCCGCUGCUACUGCCUGUACCACCCCAUCCGGCAUCUUGCCUUCUCUGAGUCUUUGUUCUCUCCGACGAAAGUCAGGGUGCUAUAUGGCUCCAAUUAGGAAGUAUCCUUCUGGGGCUAAAAAAAGAAAAGAGAAGCAGAGAAGAGAGGCAUUAAAGAAGCUUCAAGCAGGAUCUAUUUGCAAUUAUUUAAAGUCAAGUAUUACACAAACACAAACUUCUACCGAUGAGAAUGAGAAUGCAGAAGCAAGUCCAAGUUUGAAUGUGGGACCAGAUUUGGAUGAAGAACAAGGUUUGAAUGAGGAAUCAAAUUUGAAUGAGGAACCAAUCCUUCAUCACCAUGUUAAUGAUAGUGGCAGAGGAGAAGAACCAGAUAUGCAGGUGAAUGAGGAUGACAUGAUUGUUGUUGAAGAUGAUCAACAAGAUGCUGAAUUUAAUUUUCCAUUUGACAUCGAUGAUCCUGGAAAUUGGGGUGACAUUAAACAAAAUUUUAGAGACUUUCUAGUCGAAAGGGGUCCUAAAAGAGAGAAUAAUUUCACAUAUCCUGCUGAUGACUUGGGGAGACGUUUCAGUUCUGCACAAUAUUUUCGUAUCUUUCCUAAUGGUGAAAAGAGGAAUAGGAGGUGGCUAGUGUACUCGGUUUCCUUAGACAAGGUAUUUUGUUUUUGCUGUAAAUUGUUCAAGCAAGAUCAUAACAAGAAUAUAUUGGGUAAACUUGCAAAUGAAGGAUUGAGUGAUUGGAGGAAUAUGGGUCAAAAGCAUGCUGGUCAUGAAAAAAAUGGUCAUCACAUCAAGUGCUUCACUAGUUGGAUUGAACUGGAAACAAGAUUAAAAAAGAAAGCAACAAUUGAUCAAGCUCUAGAAGAGGAAAUAAAGAAAGAGAAAGAACAUUGGCAGCAAGUACUGUUGAGAAUCCUCUUGGUUGUGAAACGACUGGCAGAAAACAAUUUGGCCUUUCGUCGGGAGAGUGAGAAAUUGUAUGAGGAGAAAAAUGAGAUUUUCUUACAAGUGAUUGAGAUGAUUGCUGAAUUUGAUCCGGUGAUGCAGGCACAUGUUCCACGUAUUUCAAACAAAGAAACUCAUUACCAUUACUUGAGUCACAAGAUCCAAAAUGAAAUGAUUCAGCUACUAGCAAAUGAGAUAAAGACUUCCAUUGUUGCAACAGUCAAAGAAGCGGUGUACUUUUCAGUUAUACUUGAUUGCACUCCAGAUGCAAGUCAUGAGGAACAAAUGUCUCUUAUUGUCCGUUGUGUUGAUGUUACAUCAAGUCCGAUUGUGGUAAGAGAGUUCUUUUUAGGGUUUCUAAAGGUGGAUGAUACAUCAGGGCUUGGAUUGUUUAAUGAGCUUACAAAUGCAUUGCACACUCAUUAA